AUGGUUUUUAUAAUAUUUGGCUGGUCAUACACUGCAUCCCAAAGAAGAAAGAUGUUAAUGAUGAAGAAGAAGUUUUUCCAAGAAAAUGGUGGAUUAGUUCUAUUGCAACGACUCAAAGUAGGGGAAGAGGGAUCAAGUAAUACCAAUACAGUAAACAUUUUCACAGCGGAAGAGCUACAAAGGGCAACUAAUGACUUUGACAAAGAUAGAGUUGUUGGUCAAGGAGGUUAUGGAACUGUGUACAAAGGAUAUCUCAAAGAUAAUUGCAUCGUUGCCAUUAAAAAAUCUAAGGUAAUUGAUCGCAAUCAAAUUGAACAAUUCAUAAAUGAAGUCCUUGUCCUUUCACAAAUCAACCAUAGAAAUGUGGUUAAGCUCUUAGGUUGCUGCCUUGAGACGGAAGUUCCACUACUGGUAUAUGAAUUUAUCAGCAAUGGAACACUUUCUGAACACUUACAUGACAAAUUAAAGGCGUCCUCUCUUUCUUUGGAUAUUCGUCUUAGAGUUGCUGCAGAAACUGCUGGAGUACUUUCCUACUUACACUCAGCAGCUUACCCUCCUAUCAUUCAUAGAGAUAUUAAGUCAGUCAACAUUCUUUUAGACAAAAGCUACACAGCCAAAGUAUCUGAUUUUGGAGCAUCCAGGUUGGUUCCUGCUGAUCAAACAGAGCUAUCUACAUUGGUUCAAGGAACUCUAGGAUAUUUAGAUCCUGAAUACUUGCAAACAAGUCAACUCACCGAAAAAAGUGAUGUAUACAGUUUCGGAGUAGUGCUUGUAGAGCUCCUAACCGGUAGAAAGGCUCUAUGUUUUCAAAGACCAGAAGAAGAGAGAAGUUUAGCUCAAUAUUUCAUAUCUUCAGUGGAAAAGGGUCAUUUGUUCGAUAUUCUAGACGAUAAUAUAGUCUGUGAUGAGGGAAAUGCAGGGCAAUUGAAAAAUGUUGCUGUGAUUGCACAAAGGUGCUUAAAUGUUAAAGGGGAUGAUCGACCUACAAUGAAGGAAGUUGCAGCAGAAUUGGAAGGAAUUAGGUCAAUUUACCAUUGUCCAAAGCCACAAUCAUCAUUAUUCAAUCCUUGA